AACGGGGGGUGCUUUCUAUCCGCCAAACAUUACAUCCACAAAAAAAAACAAGUAAAAAUCCCCCAAAAUGGCAACCCUGUCAAAGCACCUCUGGCACUCCGUAGCUUCUCCUGGUAUAUAGCCUCCAUGGCCUCAAUAGACGUCAAACCGCGAUGAAGUGUCGUGAAAAAAAUAUUCCCAUCCCCUACAAUCACAAACCUAACCUCAACCGCUCGCUAACCAUCUUCGCGCCUGCGCCACUCAGUUGCGGUGAAGGUCGAGCGAUGUCGCCAGACAGCAAGGACUGCGUGGACAAGGACGAAUGCCUGGAUCUGCCCUGUCUGAACGGCGGCAGGUGUGUCAACCUGGAACCAAGGCUGCGAUAUCGGUGCGAUUGUCCCGACGGAUUCUGGGGAGAGAACUGCGAGUUGGUGCAAGAGGGACAAACACUCAAGCUCAGCAUGGGCGCACUUGCCGCCAUUCUCGUCUGUCUGCUCAUCAUACUCAUCCUGGUUCUGGUCUUUGUGGUGUACAACCGCAGGCGAGAGGCUCACAUCAAGUACCCUGGACCGGAUGAUGACGUCAGAGAGAACAUCAUCAACUAUGAUGACGAAGGAGGCGGCGAAGAUGACAUGACAGCUUUUGAUAUUACGCCUUUGCAGAUACCCAUCGGCGUUCCUAUGCCUGAGAUGACUGCACCGAAGCUUGGAUUUCCCGUAUUAGCGAUUGGUCAGGAGACCAACGUUGGCAUCUUCAUCGAAGAGCACAAGAAACGGGCAGAUUGUGAUCCGAACGCGCCACCUUUUGACGAUUUGAGGAACUACGCUUACGAAGGCGGCGGCAGUACUGCUGGAUCACUCAGCUCCUUGGCUUCAGGUACUGACGACGAAGUCCAGGAGUACGACUACCUAGGCGCCUGGGGUCCGCGUUUCGACAAGCUCGCCGACAUGUACGGCCCCGGCGAGGAGCCCGAACACGACGAGGAAUAAGCGGCAACACCGCCUCUCCAUCAACCAACCCCCAAAGAUGGUCAAAGCAUCCCCCACUUGAAAACGCACUCACACAUCAAAGCUUUCGACGUGGUUCAGGCCCGUGCCCCUACACAAGACUGUCUCUGCAGUCGUACUGCCUUUGGUUCUACUGCAGACGUAAAUUAUAUAUAACCGUAGAGAAUUUAUAUACUGGGCACAUUUCUACGCCGCGUUAGUCCUCGAUACAGGGUGGGUGAAGAAAAGAGUCACUUGUUAAUGUAGCAGAAUCAGGUUGAAACCAGCCGCAUAUAUUCACAGCUCUGAUUCCGAAUAGGAUUCCUAAUGGGAACUAUAUUCCUAGCCUAAUCUGAAUCGGAAUUACGGAUUUAUGGAUCUGAUCAUGCAGGGUGCUCUUAAAGUUCCGGUACGUCAAGGUAUUUGAGGAUAUUAAAGGGACAUAGUAAAAGUAAUAUACAGGUAUGUCACACGCUGCCCGUGUGUGUAAUUAUACCACGUCAACUACUGCUACAUCCAAUCCUUUACAAUAAUUGCUUGGACAGUUGCUACAUGACCGCAUGUAUGUUCGAAAUCCCACAUUGGAAAUAUCAUAUAACUGUGACUAACUUCCUUGUUUCUUGCUAAUAUUCGCGAGAUGUGAUUGUAGUAUUCGCAUAGAGUAUCUACCCUACUGAACAUCUACUAUUUUACUUAUACCAAGCCACUUGAAUAUUCCCAAAUAUCUUACCAUUGCGAAACUUUUGCGUCAUGUUUGAUUAAGAAUUGCUAUUAUCGUAUUAAUCUAAUAAUUUAACAAUUAGAUACUUCUUUUCAGCCCCCUGUAUUUUAACAGAACCAAGCAUAACCACACGAUGUAAUUGUAUGUUAUUUUAUCAUAUUACUUUUCACCCGUGGGAGGGACUGAAAUCUAAAAAAAAGACAGAAAUGGGAAAUUUGAGCGCACAAUUCUCAGAACUUUAAGCAGGUACUCUAGCUGACUGAUAACAGUGACCCGUGAUGAAGUAUAUCAAACGGGCUAGAAAGAGAUAUCCCGACCUGCAAUCUUACUUUAAAUCUUCCCCUCAAAUGUCAAAUAUUUGUCAGAUUUAUAACUUUGCUGUUCAAAUUUCAUGACGCCAUGUAGAACGAUAGAAAUAAGUUUUCGUCAGAUUGUAGGACAAAAACGCAUCUAGUGGAUGACAGGUUUGAGCUCCACUUAUGGUGAGUCUGUUCUUUCUGACCUUUCCAACUUACGCAGAUUUUUGUUGUCGGAAUAUGACACAUCUAUACAACCUACAAGUUCUACUUCCCUAGCUCCUCUUCGAUAGUUAAGUGAUGCAAUAGAAUAAUGAAUACAAUUCUAAAAUGUGUUCAAGUUAUACUUGGUUUUGUAUACCUAAAGUCAACCCGCGACAAGGCCUCAACCAAAGUCAAUUAUGAGCUCAAUUGUCGGUUUAUAUAAAUAUAGUAGUAAGUGAUGAACUGUUGUUACUUAUUUUUUAGAUUUAAAUGACUGAUUUGAACCAGAACUUUUAGAACGUUCCUAGGUUAAGGUUAGUUUACGUGGAGGUGUAAACCCUGGAUGAAACUCAUUUUUCACAAAAUUAGUCAAAAUCUUAUUUCAAAGAAUUCGUCCAAAAGUCUAUAUUUUUCAUAAUUUCAUAUUAAUCUCAUCCUUACAUAAUUUCACCUCCAUCUAUUCAUUUUUAAGAUAAGCCAGUUAUAAUCAAGAUACUACCGUACUCAGUACUUAUACUGAAAUCUGAAUACCAAAGAGGAGAUAAGACGAAGAUACGAAAUCGUAACCAAAACUCCUGGAUAAUAAACGAACGAGUUGUUAGUUUAGCUUGUUUAUAUUACUGUACUAUACUUCCUUCGGUGUUAAUUUUUUUUCACAAAUAUUGCCGUAGAUGAAUGGAUUAGUUUUUCCAAACUAUAUGCAUGCAGAAGUGUUCAAACAGAGCUCUAAGUAGAUCAAGGAAAUGAGUCGCUGAUUGCUCGCAGGCAUACAAGUUUUACUCUUGAUUUUGUUAACACAAAACAUUUACUCAGUAAGUUUCCUGUCGCACAUUUUUACUAGACGCUGUACUAAGUAGAUACAUAAAUUGCGAAUACCUCACAGAAUGACAAGCAAGGAUAAAAACAAUAAGGGUUUGAAGUUAGCUUGAAGUGCUUUAAGUGAGUUCCUCAGAGAUUAUCACAAAGAAAUGCAGAGAAACAGUAUUGCACAAAAUAGUACCACAAAAAGCUCGUGAACUACCUAAUUUUAAUACUCCCUUUAAUUAUAAGAAAUUAUUAGAAGUAAAGUGUAUAUUUCCACAUUUGAAAAAUGCUACCUUGCCUUGAAAAUAUCGUUUUUCGAAACCGUAAGGAACGCACGAACUCUGCUAUAGAUUUUCUGAGCCUUACGUGACUAAACUACAAUGUCAUUUAUAAUACAUCCGAAAAUAAUUGUGCGGUAUCAAACUUAUUGAGUGGUAAGUCUUGAAAUAUUAAUCAUGUGCAUCUUAGCUGGUAACAGAAACCAAACUUCAAGUAUUAUUAUCAUUAUUAUUAAGGAACAAAUAACUGAUAUCGAAUAAAAUGGGCAUUUCACUUUUGUCUCUGGGAUCGAUGUUCAAUGUUCAUAUAUUGUGAAUGUACGUGUAUACAUAGAUGUAGAAAUAAUCUUGCCAUCACCUUUUAUUCUAGUCAAUUCUAUUUGUUCUGGAAUAUGUAUUAUAUUGCGGGCUUAUAUACGACUUUAGUUGAGGACGUUACUCUUGAUACUAAUCUAUUAUACUUAUCAUGUACGAUGGGAUUCUAAAAGUAACUCGUUUUUCUGUAGUAUUUCUUAGACUGUCAUAAUCGCAGUGCUAAUUACGUAUUAUUUUAACUCCUUUCAUUGAAAUAACUACGUUAGUGGAAGAGAAGCAGCGUACGCCGAUGUUAAGGCGGUGUCUCUUUGAGUACACUGAGAUGCAUGCACAAAUAUAAAUAAGCAGUGGCGUAACAUAAGUACUACUCUCUUCCAGUUUAGUAGGUUGUCUAUGAUAACGUUAAAGGGACUUAGCAAGAGUAAUGCUACUGUCUGAUUAAAGAGAUCGGUUUUCAAGUUACUUGAGCUAAGUGACAUAGAAAAAUGAUUUACUUGGUAUCCUAUAAUCGUAAUGUCCUAUCGUUCCAACCCACUGCCACUGUAACAUCGCAUGGUACUCAUUCUUAAAAAAAUCUUAAUCAUAGUUUUGGUACGUUUCUAUACUUGGAGAAAUGUGCCGUUGUAGAUUUUUUUCUUUCUGAAUGUAAAAAGAUAUUCAAUACAUCUAUCUUAACCUCAAUAACAUAGUUGUACUUGUCCAUUUCUGUUGAUUUUAUAGAGAAUAUAGAACAGUUGUCGAUAUUAUUCUCUUGUUAACAUAAUUGUGUAAGUAGGUAUCUGGAAGCGUCAUUUCCCAUCAUCCCCAUUCUGGUAAAUGGAAAUGUGGGUCUAUUCCAAAAUCCUAAAUCAUAAUCGUAAAAUCAUGGGAAGUCAAUUCUAAGUUGCAUACAUAAAAAUUGUUAAAGGUUUGUGGACUAUCUGACUAAUGAACUAUGAGCUUGGUUUCGGCUCUGACCUCCACCAAAAUCGUUCAACCUCAAGUCAGUCAUUUUAAACAGAUUCCAUAUUGAGGCCAGUAAUUCGGGAUAUAAUUCCAAGCAUAUUAGCAAAUUUCCCCGAAAUAAUUGUAAAGUCUGGUAUAUUGAUGCGAGUUGUUCAAGGGGUUUUUUAAAAAAUUGACGCAUAAAAUGGGUACAUAAAUUUUUGUGGAAAAACUUUUUAUUCGACAACAAAGAACGAGAAAACGUGUUUUUUGGGACCCAAUCGAAAGUGUCAGGAACCAAAAACUCUUCAAAUAUUGGGUAUUUAUGAGACCUACAGAAUGAGAACACACGUAAAAAGAUCCGACCAAUAGUAAAAAAGUUACGGGCAAAAACCGAGGCAAAAUGCAGGUUUAGGCACUUGAAAUUUUUCAAAUCUGUAGGCUUCAUACUAAUAAAUAACUACAUCAAAAUUGGAGUCGAUUGGUUAAGUGGUUUUGAAGAAUUUCUAAUUGUUUAUCCCAAAACACCUGCCUUCCGGCCAUCACUACUAGUUUACUGAGCAAUAUGCAGGGUUCAUUCAGAGGGCAUUUUAUAGCGAAAUAUACGAGCUUACCUUGCCGACAUGAGUCACAAACCAUUCCGAGAGAUAAUUGUUAUUUUUAUGCAAAAAACGAAAUUAGAAAUUUUCAAACACUACUCCACCGAUCGACUCCAAUUUUGUUAUCGUUAUUUAGAAGUAUGAAGCCCACCAAUUUGAGGAAUUUCAAGUAUCUGCGUGAAACUAUCAUCGCAUUACCAACAAGUGCUAAAACCUGCAUCUUGCUUCGGUGUUCGGCCAUAACUUUUCUACUAUUAGUCGGAUCUUUUUACAUGUCGUUUCAUGCGGUGCGUCUCAUAAAUACCGAAAAAUCUUAUUUGAAGGGUUUUUUCUUUCCUGUCAACACUUUUGAUUGAAUCCCGAAAAACACUUUUCUCAUUUUUUGUUGUCGAAUAAAAAGUUCUCAUACAAAAGUUGGUGUACCCAUUUCACGCGUCCAUGAUUUAAAUACUCCCUUGUACAACUUGCAUCAAUAAAACAAUUAUUUCGAAAACCACAGGUAUUUUCGUCUAAUAUGAUUAGUCUUUCAGCAGGAUACUAUGCAAAAUACUGCAACUUAGUUUCUGAAGGUCCAAUUAUGUAUCUCUCUCUAUGGGUUCCAGAUGCCAGUUUACCUAUAGAAACUUUUAUACGCUACGCGGUGUUGUAUUGAAUAUCUUUAAAAGAAAGACCCUACAAAUGUACCCUUACAAAGAUGACCCAGUAUUCCUAUUAGUUAUAGGCCAGUCGUUGUAGGUGCGAAUCCUACAACGUACGGUCUGCAAUGUUUUGUAGUUAGUCACUACAGUCUAGGUCAAAUUACAGGUUUCUAGUUUAAGCAUCCAAUGCGAGCAAGAUGUCGUAUGAAUGCGCUAAUGUGUAUCGUGUGAUUUUAUGUAAAAAUAGAGUAAGAUGAACUGCGUCAAGGUCCAGCAAUACCAAUUACCAUGUUUACACCGUGAUCACUAGCUCAGCUCCAAGCACGAUGUAAAUGAACUAAUGUUGCGCAAUUUCUUAGCGCAAAGUGGUCUUAACACAUAUAAUAGCACAGUUUUGUUGUUAGCUACCGAUGAUGUAAGCAUGGUCCGUGUGUAUAAAGGAGAUGACGCAUCCAUCAAUUCAAAUCUUGUCAACGGACUAGAGAUUAAUUUUGUACCUUGACGUAUACAACUUGCUCUUCUCUGUAUAUAUCAAGAUCAUCGAUUCACGUCGUUUUGACAAUGCACUGCGUAAUAUACCACGUUGCCAUAUUUGGCCACUAGAGAGGUAAACUUUUAUUUCAUGUAGAUUGACGUCAUAUGAUCAGUGAUGACUGUAUCCGAGUCAUAGUUAUUUAUUGAGAAUAUGUGACCUCUCUACUGAUCUCAUUACACCAAGAAUGCUGAAAUUGUUGUUUUUGUUAAGAAUUUUGGAUUGUAGUUCGACAAAAUUUCAAUUUGUCUUUAAUAAAGUCAGUAGACAUGACAGUAGCAUCCACUUUGAUCCUAAAGUAUAAUAUUUACCUCCUUUUUAGUUGCACAAAUCUAUCCUGACUGGAUGAAAAUUAUCUUAUAUUUGAUGUUUUAGAAGAAUCAGCCUUCUUGAUGUAGAUGUAAUAUUUAAAGGACUAUCAUUAUUACCAGGCUCACUAGUUUUUGUGUUGUAGUUAUGUAUAUAGUUCACGAGCAAAUUUUAUGAGUGAAUGGGUAGAGUGUUGGUGCCAAUUAAUAACUUAAAUGUAAUAAAAAGAUCUUGACAGCAGUGUAUUAAUAAGAUUAAGAUUAUGUGUUUGCACUUGUGGAUUAUUUGGGAAGUAAAUGUAAUUUAAAAAGAUAUUCUUAUGAAGCUCGCACCAUUAAAGCAUAAGAUUCAAUGGUAAUUUUGAUUUUUCUGUGUGUCAUGUUUCAUCGUUCACUCAUUUAUCCAUUUGGGUGAUUUUCUAGUGAUUUAGUUUUAUCGGUUUUUACUGUAAGGAAUUCGCAAGUUUAUGUACCUACUUUUUUGUACAUGACAAAUUUUAUUUGAUAUUUUUAUUUAAAUAAACUUCCA